CCGGUGCGGGGUGUACGAAUCAGUCGGUGGUUGGCAGUGCCAUUGAAAGGGAAUUUAUAUCUCGCAGGAAUUCCGCGUGUGUGCGAUGCAGAGAGGAAUUGUGGUCGCGUGGCGGGAGAAGAAGCCCCUUGGCGGAAUCUCCUGUAUUUGCCGCAGAUGGUAUCAGAGUGAGGGUGGUGUGUAUGGAUACAGGAGCAAAGUGAGGAAGUCCUUUGUGGUUUCCGAGGAUGUACUCAGUGCCAGGAAUCGUCACAGCAAUGUCUACCGAUGGGUGGAAGCAUACCGAAGUCAUGGCCAUAAUUUAGCUCAAGUUAAUCCCGUGGAUUUUACCCGCAAAGUUCAAACAUUCCCAGAAUUAGAAUUCAGCAGAUACGGCCUGAGUGAGAUGCAAGAAGUGGAAACUCAUGGGAUCAUUAGUGGACUUAGUGGUGUGAUGACUAUCAAGGAUCUGGAGAAUGCACUCAAGAAGAUUUACUGCGGUACAGUUGGGGCAGAAAUAAAUCAUAUUGGUUCAGAGCAUAAGAAAGAGUGGCUGAAGGAGAAUUUUGAGCGAAUCCGUGCAAAGAGGCUGACCAAGGAUGAGAGACGCGAAAUUGCUGAACUCAUGAUUAAAUCACAGAGUUGGGAUAAUUUCCUGGCCACGAAAUUUCCCACCGUGAAGCGCUACGGGGGUGAAGGAGCCGAAAGUAUGCUGGCCUUCUUCCGGCAAAUACUCAAAUCAUCCGUUCGAGAUGACAUCAAGCACAUUGUCCUGGGGAUGCCUCACAGGGGGAAACUCAAUCUUCUCACGAUAAUGCUGCAGACAAAGCCAGUGAAGAUAUUCCACAAGUUCAAAGGAAAUCCGGAAUUUCCGGCUGAUGCUAAAGCCAUGUGCGAUAUUGCUAGUCACUUCCAUGUUGCUGAAACAUUGAAUGUUGAUGGGAAGGAAAUCAAUUUCAGUAUGCCCCACAAUCCCUCGCAUUUGGAGGCUGUGAAUCCCGUUUCAAUGGGCAAGACACGCUCAAAGCAGCAAUCCCUUCGCGAUGGAGCAUUCGGGGAGGAUGACACGAAGGAAUUCUCUUCGGAAGCUCUCAAUCUUCAACUACACGGGGAUGCUGCAUUUCCCGGGCAGGGAGUAAAUCAGGAGUGCCUCUUCAUGACUGGAACCCCACAUUUUGAUAUCGGUGGGACAAUUCACAUGAUUGUUAAUAAUCAGUUGGGAUUCACAACGCCGAGUGAUCGUGGAAAAUCAAGCCAAUAUUGCUCAGAUUUAGCCAAAUCCAUCGAUGCCCCAGUUUUCCAUGUAAAUGUCGAUGAUCCUGAAGCCCUGACGUUGAUCACUGAACUGGCCUAUGAAUACCAACGAGAGUUCCGCAGUGAUGUCUUCAUCGAUCUAAACUGCUUCCGGCGAUGGGGUCACAAUGAAUUGGAUGAUCCCACCUUCACCAAUCCGGCACUCUAUCACAUCAUCCACAACAGAAAAUCUGUUCCAGACAAGUACACGGAUUACCUUGUGGCUGAGAAUGAAAUGACGCAAGAGGAAGUGAAUAAGAUUGCAAAGGGACACGCUGACUUCCUGACCAGCGAGCUAAAUCAGGUGAAUACCUACAAACCCGAUAGUUGGUAUUUCCGGAAGCAAUGGUCAGGAAUGAAGCAAGCAGGAAGUGAGAUAACUGUCUGGGAUACAGGACUGGAUUACUCCCUCCUUGGCUACAUCGGUGUCAAGAGUGUAGCCUAUCCGGAGAAUUUUGCUAUUCAUCAACACCUGGAGAAAACUCACGUGGUAGGAAGGAUUAAGAAGAUCAAUGAUGGUCGCAUAGACUGGGCAACAGCCGAAGCAAUGGCAUUUGGAAGUUUAAUGUACCAGGGACACAAUGUACGGCUAAGUGGGGAAGAUGUGGGACGUGGAACAUUUUCCCAUCGACAUGCCAUGCUGGUGGAUCAGAAAACCAAUGAAAUCCACAUCCCACUGAAUGCCAUGGAAGGUGGUUUAGGGGGAAAGUUGGAGCUUGCCAAUAGUCUCCUGUCGGAGGAAGCUGUUCUUGGCUUUGAGUACGGCAUGGCCAUUGAUAAUCCCUACAAUUUAAUCAUCUGGGAAUCCCAGUUUGGGGACUUUUUCAAUGGAGCACAAAUUAUCUUUGAUACCUACAUCUGCAGUGGGGAAACUAAAUGGAUGAUCAACAAUGGACUCGUUGUGUUGCUUCCACAUGGCUACGAUGGCGCAGCUUCAGAGCACAGCUCAUGCCGUAUUGAGAGAUUCCUCCAGAUGACGGAUUCAAGUGAAACACAGCCGGAUGGUGAUGAUAUCAACAUCCAGGUAAUCAAUCCAACAACUCCUGCACAGUAUUUCCAUGCACUUCGACGACAAAUUGUACGAAACUUCCGGAAACCUCUCAUUGUGGUAUCACCCAAAGUCCUCUUGCGCCUUUCUGAAGCUGCUUCAGUGCCUGAUGACUUCAAACCUGGAACACACUUCCUCCCCGUUCUUGGGGACUCUUCCGUGAAUCCGUCUGAUGUGAAGAAAGUCAUUCUGUGCUCUGGGAAGCACUACUAUAACCUCCGAGCUGAACGGAAGAAUCGUGACCUCAAAGAUGUAGCUAUUGUUCGAAUUGAAUCCCUCUGCCCCUUCCCCGUUCACGAGCUCAACAGUGAGCUGGAUAAGUACAAAAAUGCCAAAAGCUUCAUCUGGUCGCAGGAGGAACAUCGGAAUAUGGGAGCGUGGAGUUUUGUGAAGCCACGCUUUGAAAAUCUUCUCGCACGGAAAAUUAAGUAUUCUGGGAGGUAUAUUGCUGCCACUCCAGCUGUUGGGGUUGGUUCCUGGCAUCAGCAGGAAGCUCAGUACGUCGUAACGGAUCCCUUUGAUGCUAAAUGAAUCCAUUGCGCUAUCUUGGAUGAAUUUAUUUGAUUUAAUGUCUCACAAAAUAACCAAAAAUCGCAGCAAUAUUUUAUAAGCAAUACUAUGAAAAUUGAGCAAGAAAAAAUGUUUAAAAAAAAUUAAAUAAAGAAUUUUAUUUUUUGAAUGAA